CCAGUAUGACCGCACUUGAGGUCACAACAAACGCCUUGUAUUGGUAAAAAAAAAAUUAAGGAAAUGCAGCAGCAGUUGCUCUAAUUGUUGAUGCCCACAUGCAAUAGCAAGGACCUAAGGACGCGAAACAGCCAUGGCAACGCACCAGCCGCACGCGCCGCUGGAGCCAUGUUCGGGUCAGGAGCACGAGCAGUCGGUUGGCCAGCCGGCGGGCAGCAAGUUGGUGCUCCUCAACGCAGUGGACACCAUGGACACGGAGCGCGUCUGUCGCGUUUGCCUGAAGGACGCCUCGCUGGACGGGGAGUUGCACUUCAUCUUCAACGACACGCCCGUCGAGGAGGACGCCAAUCUGGCCCGCAUCCUCGACGAGUGCACCCUGCACCAGUGUCAUCGGCACGACGGGAUGCCCCCGCAUAUGUGCGGCCCCUGCGUGGAGGCGGCCCGCCAUGCCUAUCGCUUCAAGCGGCACGCGGAGCGCUCCUACUGCUCGCUGGUGGCCCUGCUGGGCCGCUCGCCCCAGCUGAAGGCCCGUGGCGCCGAGGCGUCCAGCCAGACGGACCAGGUGGCCCUGCUGCCCUGCGAGAUGUGUCACGACCAGUUCCUUAACAGCCUGGAGCUCCGCCUGCAUCGCAACCAGGUGCACAGAACGAACAAGGAUGGCAGCGUUGUUACGGGGGCGGAUGGCCAGCAGCAGGCCGAGGAAUUCAAGUGCAAGUUUUGCCCGCAGCAUUUCCCGCAUCUCCGUCAGCUACGCAGCCAUUUGGCGCGCAGCCACGAGCAGGUAACGCGACUCCAGUGCGGCCAAUGCCAUCGCACCUUUAGCCGACGGGAUCAUUUGCUGCGCCAUAUGCGCAACAAGCAUCGCGACCUGGAGGACGACCUCCUGCGCACAUGGCCGCCGGCGGAUGAGAACACCAUGAACAGCGACGGCGGGGACGAGCUGGUCUCCGCCGAGGUGCUGCUGAACGAGGAUGACGACGACCAUGACGGAGUCGGUGAAGCCUUCCAGUGCAAUACGAACCCCAUUUCCAGCAACGAGGAUGACGAUGAGGAGGACGAAGAGCCCAAUGUGGCCAAUCAAACGCUGUGGCUGCACAUCAAGCCGGAGCCCUGCCUGGAGGCGGAGGAGGUCGACCUGGCCAUGCAGCUGAAGCUCGAGAAGAAGCGUCGACGGCGGGAGAAGGCGGAGGCCCAAGCCGAGGGCUCCAUGGAUCGGCCUGUGAAGGAUGAGCCCAUUGCCAUUGGCGACUCUCAGUUUAGCAUUAAGGAGGAGAGCCACCUUGUGGGCAGCGAGGACGAGGCACCAAUGGGAGUGGAAGAUUUCAUGAAGCUGCAUGUCAGCGGCGAACUGACGCUCAGUGACGAAGACCGAUUCGACGAGUUCGGGGACGAUGAUAGCGACCUGGAUGACGAUGAGGACGACGACGAGGACGGUGGUGAAGACGAGGAUGGGGAAUUCCGGCUCAAGCAGGAGCCGCUAGACGGCGAGAAGCCGCCGAAGAAGUCCAAGUCCGGAAGGCGACGGCGCCGCAAUAAGGGCGAACCAAAUCCCGAGAACCGCUGCGAAGUAUGCCAGCGCACCUUUUCGCGCCACUGCCACCUGCUGCGCCACAAGCUGUCGCAUUUGGAGAAAAAGCCGCACAACUGCCCGCACUGUCCCAAGGCGUUCGCGCGCAGCGACCACCUCAAGGCGCAUGUGCAGAGCCUGCACAGCAACAAGGAGCACAAGUGUUCGCUCUGCGAGGCUGCCUUUUCGCGACUGGACGCCCUGGAGCGUCACAAGGUCAGCAAGCACAAUGGCGAGGGCCUGGAGCCGGGCAGCGAACUGAAGCUCCAGCUGGCGGAGCACACAUGCGAGUACUGCUCAAAGCGCUUCUCCAGCAAGACCUACCUGCGCAAGCACACGCUGCUGCACACCGACUUCCUUUACGCCUGCAAGACCUGCGAGGAGACAUUCCGCGAACGAGCGCAGCUCAGGGAACACGAAAAGACCCACACCGGGCAGCGCAACUUCCUGUGCUGCAUCUGCGGCGACAGUUUCGCUCGCAACGACUACCUCCGAGUGCACAUGCGUCGCCACAAUGGUGAAAAGCCCUACAAGUGCCGUUACUGUGUCAAGGCCUUCCCCCGCGCCACCGAUCUCAAGGUCCACGAGCGUUACCACACGGGCACCAAGCCGAAUCUGUGCAACACAUGCGGCAAGAGCUUCCACCGGGCCUACAACCUGACCAUCCACAUGCGCACGCACACCGGCGAGCGGCCCUAUAAGUGCGACCAGUGCCCCAAGAGCUUCACGCAAAGCAACGACCUCAAGGCGCACAUCCGUAGGCAUACGGGCGAGCGGUACAAGUGUCCGCACUGCGACGCCUACUUCCUGCAGCUGUACAAUAUGCGCAAUCACUGUUUAAGCGCCCACAACAAGCACAUCGAGACGAAGACGGGGCGUCUGCAGCGGACAGGGCUGCUGGACGAUGGCGGGCAGUCGCAUCUGACCACCGUGGUCAUGCCACCGGCACGGUAUCCACAUGAUUUGGAUCCUCAGUUGGCCGUGGUGGCAGCAGCUGCCGGCACUGAGAGCUCAUCCGCGACCACCGUCAUCCACUCACCGGGAACGUACAAUGCCACACAAUCUUCUGGCCUGGCGCCGGGACCUGCGGCCGCUACACCAGCCGUCACCCUUGAUGGAGCCAGCUUCGUGCCCACGACAGUGAAUGCGGCGGCGGCUCCGUUUGGCGCCUUCAACUUUCCGCCUGUUGUUAUGGCGCAUCUCAUGUACAAUCACGGAGGAAGCAGCCAGCACAGCCAGAGCGGAAGUGACACGGGCAAAUAGCCAUCGUCUUGGCCCAUAUCGAUGCUGCACUGCGUGCUCCUGCUCCAGAGGACACUGCUCCACCUCAAACCGAACACACAACAACUAUUCCAGUAUAGUCUUAAGCUUCCCUCUGUAUAUAGCCGGCGGAAUAGAACGGAAUGGAGAGGAGAGAGAGCCGCCACCGGGCUGUUGGCCAUUUGAAGGGUUCAUCACAAGCGUAGGCAUCAACCAUGCCGGCCAUUUUAAUGUGUUAAUAUGUAUUUAAUAGUCGAAUAAGAACUGCUUACAUCUUAGUGCGCAAUGUAGGCGGUUGUAACAAUUUUUAUAUAGCUUACAUAAGUGCGUAUGUAUAUUAAAGUAAAACUCGCUCCCAUCUCCCUAAUAAGUUAAUUUGAUGAGCUAAUAAACGUGAAAACAUAGUAAAACAAUCUAUAAUUAAAUCCAGUUGUUUUUAACCCUCAUAUAUAAGU